AACAUGGUAUUGAGAGAAAUCAUUUGAAAUACAGUAGAUCUUGGAUAAUAUUUGUGUUGAUUCUUAGAAAUUAAAAGUUUGAAUGAAUUUUUUCUUUAUUAAAUUAAUUAUGAAGGGAGAGGAAUAAGGUGUCUAUAUAGUCCUAAUGUCAGAUAAAAGAGGAUAUGAAUAAUUGACCUAACAAAAACAAGAUACUACAGUUACUAAACAUGGGGUAAGACUACAUGAUGAAAGAUUAGAAUUAAUAACACUUGCUGUCAGCAGAAUCCUCUCUGUCUCACUCUUUUCUCCCCAUAGUGAGGAUCAUCCCGGGUUCCUCCAAGGUUAGAGUCUCAUCAGGUUAAGAGGAGCUGUUAACCUCUCACCCAGAAACUGUUUUUGUCUCCAAAUACUGGAUACAGUAUCUGUAACCAGGAUCAUUUAGACAAUUCUCAAAACAUUUUUCAUAACUUGGGACAAUAAUAAAAUAUAAUACUACAAUAAAAUAAUUAUGUUUGUUUAGUCCAUUAAUCAUAUCAAGUUUUAGAAGGGCAACCAUUUCAGUUUCCUCUAUGAUCUUGCCUUUUUUCACUGCCUCUCAAAAUCAAUCUACUCUUUUCUCCUUCUGAUCUAGUUCUUUUACUCUCAGCUUUCCUAUAAAACUGAAGCACAGGUUAUGGCAGUUUUACAGUUUAUAGAGUUCUUUCUCAUACAUCCACAUCUUGAUCUUAAUAUAACUUACUAGGUGGGUGGGACUGGAGUAUGACUCAGUUUUUCCUAUAUUCACAGUUGUAUUUAGUUCAUUGGAUCAUAGAAUCAAAGAGCUAGAGCUGGAAGGUAUUUCAAAAGCCCAUCUAAUCCAAUCUACUCAUUUUACAGAUGAGGAAACUGAGGUCAAAGGAGGUUAAAUAACCUGACCAAGGUCAUAUAAGGAGUACACAUUAAUAGUGAAAUUUGAACUUAGAUCUUCUGACUGGAUAACCAGUGCUCUUUCUCAAAGAUUCAUCUUCCUGAAUUCAAAUCUGGCAUUAGACACUAACUGUGUGACCCUGGCAAGUCAUUUAACCUUUUUUACCUCAGUUUUCUCAUCUAUAAAAUGAACUAGAGAAGGAAAUGUCAAAUUACUCCAGUAUCUUUGCCAAGAAAAUCCUUAAAUGAGUUCCAGCAGAGUCAGACAUGAGUAAAAUGACUGAUAAUGACAAUACUAGUCCUAGUAUACUUGUAUAGCUUUAUUACACAAUGAUAUAGUCUCAUGAUGAGAUUCAGGAGAGCAGUGAUGAGGUGCAAAAAUUGUGAAGAAUCACAGAGAUUUUCUUCCUGCCAAAAGAUAAAUUUAUGAAGAAAUAAAAGUCUUAGACAAAAUCCAAGUAUGAUUUUGUGUCAUCAUUUGGGAAGGGAUGAUUUUUAUAGACAGAAGAAGGAAGAGACAGAAAACUAGGAGAGUUGGGGAGAUUACCAGAACAAUUGGGGAAAUAACAUCAGGAAGAAGGGAAGAAUUCAUGAAGUUUAAGAUCAAGGAGGAAUUGGAGAGAGAAGGACAAAGUCUGGGAAGAGCUGGAAAAAUACUUCAAGGACAAAGUCAGGAGAUUUAGAGAUAUACUCUUAGAAUGAAUUGGGGAAUUUUGACCUUAGGGAGAAAGCAAGCUGCCUUGAAUUCCCAUCACAUACUAUUUCCCGUUAAGUAUUUUAUGUUCUAGCCAACUAUACUAUGAUUCAUAUAUGCCAUCCUUAUUUGUUGAGUUAUCCAUUAGAAGCCAAACUGAUAUGCUUUAGACCCAUGAUACUUUUUCCAUGGUAUCAAUCCUCUUUUCUAUCUCCCCAGUCCUUCCAGAAUGAAAUUACAUCUCCUGCCUCAAAUUUCUCAUAGCACUUUUUCUGUACUUCUCUUUUGGUUCAUACUUACUUGUAUUUAUGGGAUAUUUCCCCCUUAUCGGUUCUUAGCUUCACAGCCCAAUUGUUAUGGGGCAGUUUUCUCAAUCACUAAUGGUUUCAGCAUGUAAUACCAAAAUAUCUGUGUGCUACCUGUUUUCAGUAUAUAGAAAAAAUUUAACAAUUUAACAAUCGCCAACAUGCCAGGGCCUACUCAGAGAAGAAAGCCUCUAAAUUGACUUCUUAGACUUUUUGUGCAAAAUGGACCCCUUUGGCAGUCUGGUGAAGUUUAUGGACUCCCUUUUUCAAAAAAAAUUUACAUUUUAUUUUCAAUAACACUUUCCUUCUUUUCCACUCAACCCUCAUUUCUCCGAUGAGAAAGUGGGAAAAACAAAACCCUUCAUACAUAUAUGCAUAUUUAAAUUAAACAAAUUUCUGAAUUGACUAUAUCCCUCCCCUCAAAAAACUCUCAAAUCCACACCGAGUCAGUCAUUCGUUAGAUUGUAAACUCCUAGAAGACAGGGACUGUCUUUUGCCUUUUUCUUGGAGAGGGGGUAUCCUCAAUGGUUAGUAGAGUGCGGGGCACCUGGUAGGCAUUUAAUAACCGUAGAUAUUGAUAUUGAGUAUCAGCUUUCUAUGAGGAGGCAGAUAAGUUGAUUUUAUCAUGAAUCUUUGGACUCCUCAGAAUCAUAUUUUUAAACAACUGAAAGGAGAGCUAAAUUUCAGUUAUAAGUUCAUGAAAAUAAAGGUGUCGUUUUCUCCCCAUCCAAAUUCACAGACCUUUGAAAUCUACCCAUGGAAGCUUUAGAGUCCCUUUUAGUUGAUCACAAGAACUCGAGGUUCCCUCACUGCUUUCAUUUGCGGAGACUCUUCCCGACAAUCCUGGAUUCUUUGUAUUCGAAUAACGGAGGGGUUUUUCUGUACUUAGAAUCCACAGUUCAGUGGGGAGACUAAAACAAAGACAGGAGGUGAGCUUUUUAUAGUUUCAAGCCCCAAGGAAGCGAAGGCAGCUGACUACAUUUUCCAGUAGGCCCAACCGGAGGGCGGAUGUAGGAGAGAGGGAGAAAUGAAGAACGGCUGUGAUUGGGAAAGAGCUAGCCUGGGGGCGGAGUAGAGGCGGGACCCAUCGGCUGUUGAAGAAGAGGCUAGCGGGAGCUCCCGGCGAAAUCUGCGGGUUGUGUAGUGGAGUUUACUUUCUUAGGGAUCCCUUCCUCUACCCCGUUGGGCGAGGUGUUGACCGCUAUGAGACCGGGCGAGGAGCUGGCCGAAGGGAGCGGCAACGCCGUUUCGGAGCUGGAGCUGCUGCAACGCCGCGCCGCCGAGUGCAUCGACGAGGCGGCCGAACGGCUGGGGGCCCUAAGCCAGGCGAUCUGGAGCGAGCCCGAGCUCGCCUACCAGGAGUACCGGGCCCACGGCGCCCUGACCCGCUUCUUCGAGCAGGAGUCUUCGGCCGCCUCCUUGUGGGCGGUGCAGCCGCAUUACAAGCUGGACACGGCUUUCCGGGCGGAAUGGGAGUCUCCCGCCGCGGGGUCCGGGAGCUCCGCGCCGCUUCACUUGGGCUUUCUUUGCGAAUAUGACGCGCUGCCUGGCAUCGGGCACGCCUGCGGCCACAACCUGAUAGCCGAGGUGGGCGCUGCGGCCGCCCUGGGUCUAAAGGGGGCGCUCGAGAGCCACCCGAGCUGUCCGCCGGUGAAGAUCACUGUCCUGGGUACUCCUGCAGAAGAAGAUGGAGGUGGCAAAAUUGACUUAAUUGAAGCUGGAGCUUUUAAAAAUCUUGAUGCUGUUUUUAUGGCUCAUCCAUCACAAGAAAAUGCUGCUUACCUACCUGAUGUGGCUGAGCAUGAUGUGACUGUGAAAUAUUAUGGAAAAGCUUCUCAUGCUGCUGCUUAUCCUUGGGAAGGUCUGAAUGCAUUAGAUGCUGCUGUUCUUGCAUACAACAAUCUGUCAGUUUUAAGACAGCAAAUGAAACCCUCCUGGAGAGUUCAUGGUAUAAUUAAACAUGGUGGUGUGAAACCUAAUAUCAUCCCCUCAUACUCUGAAUUAAUCUAUUAUUUGCGUACACCCUCAGUGAAAGAGCUUCCAAUUUUGACCAAAAAAGCAGAAGAUUGCUUUAAAGCUGCUGCUUUGGCUACAGGAUGCACAGUGGAAUUAAAAGGUGCAGGGCAUGACUACUAUAAUGUCCUUCCUAACAAGAGCCUCUGGAAAGCUUACAUGGAAAAUGGAAAGAAGCUGGGAAUAGAAUUUAUUUCAGGAGAUUCUGUGUCAAAUGGCUUAUCAGGUUCCACUGACUUUGGAAAUGUUACUUUUGUGGUACCUGGAAUUCACCCUUAUUUUUAUAUUGGUUCUGAUGCACUGAAUCAUACUGAGCAAUAUACUGCAGCUGCAGGAUCCCAAGAAGCACAAUUCUACACUUUACGUACUGCUAAGGCUCUGGCUAUGACGGCACUAGAUGUGGUUUUCAAGCCAGGUUUGCUGGAAAAAGUUAGAGAGGACUUUAGACUGAGCCUUCAAGAAGAAGAGUUUCUGAAUACUACAGAUCAAAACCAAGACCUCAGCACAACUUGUGAAUCACGUUAACAAUGAGUUCUUUCAUCAAUGAGGUAGGACAGGAUUGCUUUUUCCCCCCUCUAGGAUCAAAUUUCUGGUACUUUGAAAUUGUGUGACACAGUAAGAGGGGAAUGUAAUCUAAACGAAAUGUUAAUGUAAUCUAAAUCAUGUAAUCUAAAAUAAAUUUACAAAGAUCUGUAUUUCAAGAGAGUUUAAAUGUACUAGAAAUUGACAUAAUUGGAAUAUAGUAGUCCCAGAACUUAUUUUUCCAACACAAAUAGGUAGAUCUAUAUAUGUGGUACUGCAAAGAUGAAUGUUGAAAAGAAUAUAAUAGAAUUAACAUGCUUUUGGAAGCUGUAGGUAUAAACUAGUAAAAAAUAUAUACUGUGAAGAAAAAAUUUAAAUAUGUGAAUAGCCUUUUAUUGGCUUAUUUAGUGAUAUCUGAUGUAUAUUAAUACUGUGUGAGUAUUUUUAAAAGAAGUGAGAGGAAAUGGAGCUGCUUGUAUGUGCUAUAAAUUUUAUGAAUUAUUAGUCUUUGGUAAUCUAGUAUAAUGAUAGUAAUAUUUUAUCUGAAAUGGAAUCAGUAAAAAAGGAUAUUUGACUUGUAUAGUCAAAUCUCUUAAUCUUUCUAUUUCUUUUCUUUACAAAAGGAGAGAACUGAAGGAGGGCUGCUCACGAUUUUUUCUAGCUCUAGAAGUUCUAUUGUCCGUUCUCCAUCCCCGAAUUUAAAGUUUUCCAUGAAAAGAUCUUUUAUAGGUUUAUGGUUUCUGAGGCUAGUACUUGAGAAUUACAUGUCUCUUUCUUUUCACAAUAGACAUCAAUAAAAGCAUAUUUACCCAUUGAUUUUUAUUAUACAGCUGGAUAUUUUCCUAUCAACUGAGAUGGAAACUUUUGAGUGAGGUUAAAAUAAGAGGUAGUCAAGCUUGUACUCACCAUUGAAGGAUCCUAUCUUCAUCAUCCCUUAUGGGAACUGUGGUUCCUAUUUUACAAUCCACUUUUCCUUACUCAGAUUUUAUUUUGGGAUUUCCCUUCGAUCUCUAGUCAUACCAUUGUUUUUCAUGACCUUACAUUUUCUCAGGGCAAAAAAAAAAAUCUUUCUGUAUAAUGGCUUGUAGAACUUUCUUCCCCAUUUUCUCCUACCUGGGUAUUUAACAGCAGAUAGUAAUUAUAACAUAUUUAUAUUUAGGUGUGGACAUCGAAACCUUUGAAAAUACAAGGCUUUGGGUAUGCAGAGCAAAUUUAUUGGCAUAGUCAGUGUACUUAGAGGGAAUUCAGGCAUCAAUGGUAUUCUAGAACACCUCAUUUCCUUCUUGAUUUUGUUCCUACCACCUUCCUUAAAAAGAAAGCAUCUCCUAUGACAGAUUACUUUGAGCCAGAUCCCAUGUGGAAUUGAAAUUCCAUUUUUCCAUGUGGAAAGAAAGUACAACCAAGAGCUUCAUGUUCUAGUUUAUAGGCAUAAGCAUGACUGUAACUCAUCUUUGUCACCUAAUUUGAAAUUAGCAAGCAGAAUCCCCCAUGCUGAAAGCUAAUUUCUUUGGAAUUUGUUUUUUGUGCCAUAGUUCCUUUCAUCCUAAGAGUCAAGCCAGAAUCCUCAGAUUUUUCAAACCAAUCUUCAACCUUAUUUCCCUUGGUAAAUAGUUAGUCUUUAAUUUUAUGGUUUGCCAUUUUAGGGGACAGAGGAAAGUAAAAAUUAAAUAAUCUGUGAGUAUUAUUUUUAGGGGAAAAUGAAUAAGGGGAAUAGAAGAUUUAUUUAUUUUAGGUCAUAUUUCAGGCCAUUUUUGAUCAAUUUUUCCCCCUGCUUUUUGACUGAAUUGUAUGUGCAUUUUUUUUUUUUGAAGGAGGAAAAUUAAAUGCCUUUUCUAAAUUAGUUUGCCUGACAUGACUUGAAAAAAAAAUCAUUUCUAAUAGAUCUAGAGAACAUAUAUUAAAUGCCUUAUUUUACAUACUGUAAUAACUUCAAGUCAGGAGAGUCUUGUAUUCAUGUCCUUCUAACUUGUCACCAUGGACAAGUCAUUUGACAUUUUUAUCUGUAAAGUGGUAACAAUCCUUGUUGUGGAAGAAGAUUGAAAAAUAUGUACAAUAAAAUAAUUUUGCUAAUAUAUUCUUUCUUCUAUAAGACUGUAAGCUCUUUGUAGCUGGAAUGUGACUUGUUUCUGUUUUUAUAUCACAGUGACUUAUACAUUUGAUAAAUACUUGCUGAAAGACUAUUACCGAAUCUCAAUUUGAUUUUAAAAGGACUGAAAAGGGUGAUAUAGUACAAUGUACACCUGAAAAGAAUCCUCACUAUAUAACAUUUCCAAAAAGUAGUUAUCUAGUCUUUUCUUAAAGACUUCCAAGGGAAAGCAGCCUGUUCCACUUUUGGAUCACUCUGAUUGUUAGGUGGUUUUUCCUGACAUCAAGCCUUAUUUGGCUCUUUGCAGUUCUGCCUUUUGUAACUUCCUCAUUUUUAAACCAAGGGAAUGAAAUAACACUGGAGAUUAUAAGAUAAAUUAUUAGGCCCUGAUUACAAAUUUUGUGGCUAUAGCAACAUAUACUUUUUGGAAAAGAGAAAUAGUAAAUUAUUUAUGGGUCAUUAUCUCUAAAGUGAGUGGGUGAAGAGAUUUUUAACAUUUACUUUUCAUCCUAUACAAAUUUUAGUCAAAAUUUGAGGGGAAAGUUAAAUGAAUUAGUGGUAAAUUUUGCAUUACAUAAUUUUAAAAGAAAUUUAGUUUUAUUCUCUUUCAAGUCUAUGUGGAAGGCACACAUAUUUAUAUAGGCUAAAACUGUUUUCAUUGCAACUUGAAUUAAUCAUAACUUUGUACAGUCUUUUGGUUUAAGGUACUUUUUCCCCUCAGGAAGUACAAAAAUAAACUUCUGUUUAGCAUGAAUUUUGAGUUAGGUUAAAUUAUUUAGACUUAAUGUCUUUUGGGGAAAAAAACAAACUAAGAUAUGUGGUGGGAUUAUUGAUUUUGGAACCUGUAAUGAUAAUGUGUGUUUGUCUUCCUCCUGUCAAUGAAUUCAAACCAUGGUAUUUAUGUAUAAUCCACAAAAAAGAGUGUUAAUUACUGAUAAUCCUUUUUUUUUUUUUUUUUGGCAAUUUAACAGUGGUAAAUUUUUAUUGCAUAUUUACACUAAUUGGCCUGUGUUCUGGUAUUUUAGAGGUCACUGACUGGAAGUUUUAAAUAAAAUUCUAAUGAAAUAAAAA